CUUGAAUUUAAACAUCUUGCUUUUCUACCUAUAUGCGAACAACUAGCAAUAUCUUUUUUUCGGUUUUGAUUGGCUUUAUCAUUUUCUUUGUGCCUACAACCGACUAUUACACAAGGCAUUAUCUAACGGCUACCAUGAUAGUCUGGGCCACAACUUUUUCGCUUCUGGUAUUGUUUGUACCCAAACUGCAUAUAUUUUUCUCAAAUUCAAAAAAGGAUCGCCUCGAUACACGAUUCAAUAACGGCAAGCAUUCUGACUUGACCGGACGGGAGAAAUAUAGGGAAUACAACGAAAAUGUUACUCAGGCUAAACAAACCGCUCUUACAGAAAAUAACAGCCAAGUUACUAUAAGCGACGAUGGUAAUAUUGAUCACUUGUGCAAAAAGAAUGACAACCCAAUGAGCCUAAACUACAUGGCAAAUAAUUCCAUCCAGCCUCUGAGUGACUCCACUGUACUCCUCAAAAAUAUCUCCCGAACGGGUCAAAUGCAUGGAUUCCUAUUGGACGUGCACGAAAUGGAAACACCUAUACAACAAGUAUUCAAAUACUUUCCAUUUUUGGCAGCUUGGGAGAUGAUGUCUGUUGUAUUGAUGCCCACAAUUUCGUACUUUAGUAUUUAUUCGGAUAAAGUAAAGAAAGGGAAAGUCAUCGCCUACAAAGGUGCUACUAUAAAAUCGUGUGUGCCAAAACAGUAUGUGUUAAAAGUGCAUGGCCAAGGCAUGACAAAUAUACUUAUGCAGGUCGAAUCAGAAAAAAUACUGCUAUGCUGGUACGAUUGGUUCAAUAAUAAGCACAGUUCGCAGAAUACAUCCAUUUAUGGUCUCAAUAACACCAACAAUGAGCCAAAAGAAGCAACGACGGAUGUAAGUAAUAAAGAUACAGUCAUAGAAAAACAAAAAGCAAAAAUAUCAGAUUAUAAAGAGAUCACGGGCAAUUAUGUGGACCAUAACCAACCUAUAUCUCAAGCACCGGCUGAAAUUGCAUCUAGCACGGCAGACUUGAAAAACCAACGCAAGAAGUUUGAGGAAUCCGGACUAACAGCACGACACCUGUUGACAGAGGAUGCGUGUAGUAAUAGAAGAGGUAGUGAUACUACUAUUGACUCUUUGGACAGCUGUUACUAUCACCCUGUCUUACCGUUAACAGAAUAUAAUACGAGCUUAUCAAGCCACGCUCACAAUUUGCCUCAUACUGGCAAUCAACAAGAACCACAACAAACGACUGCAGCGAGGACUGUUUCUACUGAUAAGCCAGCGACUACAAGCAUUACAGAACCUUCAUUUUUAAGUAUACCCUCGCAUACUAAUAGUAACACUGCGGACACGAAACCACGGAGCUCCUCUUUCUAUUCCUCACUUUUUGAAUACCUCGAAGAGAUCGCUGAAGAACCAUCGACAAUGGAUCAAUAAUCAGCAAUAAGAGCCUUCAUAUGUAAUAGUGUACUUUAAAAUUCAAUACUAGCUCAUAUAACAGUUUGCUUAAUAAAUGAUUCGAGCAAAGGCUUAAGCAAGUAUUGUAAUGUAUGAUGCAAGUUGCUUUGGAAGCGCAUGCAUAAGGUUAUCGCCGAUUUACCGUACAUAAUCGAAUAUCUC